AAGUUUUCGUCUUUUUGCAAUUACGCGCCUUCUUUAAGGGUGCAGUGCGUCGACAUCGCGAAAUCGCGUGGCUCUGCAGGUAAUACCUGAUUACGUUCCGACUUUUCUGACCUCGGAAUUUCUGAGCUGGGUUUUAGUCGAUUUACAGCAACUAACCUCGGAAUGGAUGACAGUUCCCUUGACGAAGGACCAUCGGUAGACUUUGGACGAGCGACAUUGCAAAUCGCUAAGGAAAAUGAAGCUGCUCAGGAGAACCGAGCUCAGUCUUUGUCUACUGCUUUGGACAAUGAAAAUUCCGUGAUAAAUAAUGCAACCGGAACCACUCCGAUAACAAACAAUCUUCCUAGUAUUCCAUAUAAACGUGUUGAUGCCCACACUUAUUUUUCGGACAGAAAUGAUGUUGUUGAACGGGCGAUAAAAGAUUGCACCCAUACUCUCAUUAAGGAUGCGGAUGGAGAAGUUAUUGGCUGUUGGCUUUUAACACAGAUCAGUUUGUGGGACACAGAGAAAGAAAGGCUUAUUUUACUGACGAGAAAUGCUUUGUACACAAUUAAAUAUGACUUCAUAUCACUCAAGACAUUGGAGUACGGCAGGGUACCUUUGCCUGAAAUUGAUACAGUGGUGAAUGGUGAACUUGUUUAUCCACCAACAUCAUUAGUACCACGAUUAAAUGGCUUGGCAGAGGGUGUGUCGUCUGUUUUUCAUAAUGCUGUUCGUCAACAGUGGUCGUCUUUUACUGCACGUUCCAGUAUUGCGGAAUUUGAAUCUAGGAGCCGGAAUAUGGUGGGCUUGCAAUUGAUGUGGAACAAAGGGAAGCCUUUACCUCUAGAAAAAAAGUGGAACCCAUUCGCCAGAAAUAUACCUUGGAUGACGUUUGCGAGCCAUCCAUUAUUUUGGCAUAAAGGUACAGAGUCGGAGAAAAUGAAAUUCGAUGUCGAAGGGCUACAUGCUGCGCUUCUCAGUUUAAUUGCAGAAAACUGUCAUGUAGUGUCCAAUUCAAUCGUCUUAGAAAAUUAUUUAGGGCUGGGGGCUCUUUUGCACAAUAGAAAUGCAUUAGGGUUCUUUAAAAUUCGUGGUAAAGUUAGUUUUUAAUAUUUUCGAAAGGCUUCUUGAGAAAUUUUCUCUGGCUUCAAAUUAUAAGAUUCCGAUCAAACUACGUGAGAGUUGUAUACAUGAUCAUUAAUUUUUUUAUAAAUAUCACUUGUAAUGUUAAUAAAUUAACACAAAAUAAUUCAAAUAAGUAAUCCAUCAUAUUUUGUGUCUACACAAUGAACAUAGAAGUUCAAAUACUUGAUGUACGCACAUCGAUAAUAGUAUAAAUGUACCUAAUGAUGGUAAAUACCAGGAAGAAGUAGCUAAUUAGAGUAUGAAUCAUUGAUGUCUUCAUGUAUGCAAUAGUAUAUCGGGAAGUUGUAAUAUACCCACUUGAAAAACGA